GCAGCAGGUGGUAUCCUGGGCCGGCGCCCCAUCUCCCCGCCGAUUGGCUCACAGCCCUCAGGGGCGGGGCCUUGGGCAGACACCACGUCCCGCUGCGAGGCGAGGACCUCCGGGAUUCCUAGAGAGAACUCGGAAGUGCUCUCGGGGGCGGGAUUUAUGGCUCAACCCUGUUGGACAUGCUUAUUUCCGGCGAGCAAAUGUUGCCAAGUGUCGGCUUCGGUUUUUUCUAUGUCAGUAAGAAGAAACCCAUCUUUUGAACCUUGGCUGCGGAAGAUUAGUGUUCUAGGAGCGCUCCCCGGGACUGGGGCCUGCAGAAAGGGAAUGGGCUUUGUGUCCAAAUGGGGGUCCUGUCUCUAACCUUGACCGGCCCGGUCCGUGUCUACGGGGUCCCGGGCUGUUCCGAGGAAUCCAGGUCCUUAUCUGUACUUAACAACCCUGCUUCUCUUCGGGUCCCAUGAAAUCUCCUGUCGGUCUGUCAAGCCCUUGUGGUUUGAAAGACAGGACCAGGUUCGUUAUGUUUUUGCCCCGUGUUCUGACUUAGUUUGACUUAACGUAGAGAGAAGGAGCGGCUGCGCCUGGACUAGUUAUAGGUUGCCACUAAUGAAAGUGCCCUUCAGAAGAUAUUAUAAAGAACAGAAACCAAAUUUGAUCAAAUGUUACUCGGCUAACUUGGAGAACAGCCGUCCGAGUUGGAAUGAUAAUGACAGAAUCUGGGGAAGUUAUAGACUUAGACCCUCCGGCUGACACUUCAGAAGAGCAAGAAGACCUUUUAAUAGUGAAGGUGGAAGAAGAAGACUGCACCUGGAUGCAGGAGUACAAUCCACCAGUGUUUGAGACUUUUUACCAGCGCUUCAGGGACUUCCAGUACCGUGAGGCAGCAGGCCCUCGGGAGGCACUCAGCCAGCUCCGGGUGCUCUGCUGUGAGUGGCUGAGGCCUGAACUGCACACCAAGGAGCAGAUCCUGGAGCUGCUGGUGCUGGAGCAGUUCCUGAGCAUCUUGCCGGAAGAGUUCCAGACCUGGGUGAGGGAACAUCACCCGGAAAGCGGAGAAGAGGCUGUGGCUGUGGUAGAAAAUAUACAGAGAGAGCUAGAAGAACGCAGACAACAGAUCGUGGUGUGUCCUGAAGUGCUUCCUCAGAAGAUGGUGCCACCUGGAACUGUGCAAGAGUCCUUCGGUCACCAGCUCCUGCCUGUGGAUCCCCAGCCUGAACAAGAGCCACAGAAGCCUCAUCUUCUCGAGGAAAAUGCCCUCCCUACUCUCCAAGUUCCUUCUCUUCCAUUGAAGGAUAGCCAGGAGCUGACAGCCUCCCUUCUCUCAGCUGGGUCCCAGAAGUUGAUGAAAAUUGAAGAUGUGGCUGAUGUGGCUGUAUCCUUCAUCCUGGAGGAAUGGGAACAUUUGGACCAGCCCCAGAAGUCCCUCUAUAGGGAUGACAGAAAGGAGAAUUAUGGGAGUAUUACCUCCAUGGAUUAUGAGCCCAGGGAUGACAAUAUGGACCUCAUAGUAAAGCAGAUUUCCGAUGAAGCUGAACCCCACUGGAUGACAUCAGGAAGUGCUGAAAGAAAUGUUCCCCAGAGUCAAGAGUUUGGAAAAGGUGGUGACCUCCACAGCAUGGCAGAAAGGUGGCAGGUAAACCCCACUGUGGGGAAGUCAAGGCAGAGCCCUGCCCUGAAAAGAGACCCAGGUGCCAUCAGAGAUGUGAAUCGGAAGCAGAACACAAAUGGUGAGAGAGGUCACAAAUGUAAUGAUUGUGGUAAAAUUUUCCUUCAAGCCUCAAACUUCAUUCAGCACCGACGAAUCCACACUGGAGAAAAACCAUUUAAGUGUGGCGAGUGUGGGAAAAGCUAUAACCAGCGCGUGCACCUAACUCAGCACCAGCGAGUGCACACCGGCGAGAAGCCCUAUAAGUGUCAGGUGUGUGGGAAGGCCUUCCGUGUGAGCUCCCACCUGGUCCAGCACCACAGCGUGCACAGCGGGGAGAGGCCCUACGGGUGUACCGAGUGUGGGAAGAGCUUUGGGCGGCACUCCCAUCUGAUUGAGCACCUGAAGCGCCACUUCCGAGAGAAAUCCCAAAGAUGCAGUGACAAAAGAAGUAAGAAUACAAAAUUGAAUGUUAAGAAGAAAAUUCCAGAGUUUUCAGAAGCAGACAUGGAACUAUCAGGAAGAAUCCAAAGAAAUGUUUCUCAAGUUCAGGAUUUUGGAGAAGGUCCUCAACACCAAGGCAUGUUGGACAGGAAGCAGGGAGUUCCCAUGAAAGAGAUACUCGGACAACCCUCUUCCAAGAGGAUCAGUUUUAACGAAGUCACCUGUGUCCACAAAAAAUCCUCCACAGGAGAGAGACCACAUAAAUGUAAUGAGUGUGGGAAAAGCUUUAUUCAGAGUGCACAUCUCAUUCAACAUCAGCGAAUACACACUGGGGAGAAGCCGUUUAGGUGUGAGGAAUGUGGGAAAAGCUAUAAUCAACGUGUUCACUUAACUCAGCAUCAGCGAGUCCACACUGGCGAGAAACCCUAUACCUGUCAUUUAUGUGGGAAAGCGUUUAGAGUGAGGUCCCAUCUGGUUCAACAUCAGAGUGUGCACAGUGGAGAAAGGCCCUUCAAGUGUAAUGAGUGUGGGAAAGGCUUUGGGAGGCGGUCACACCUUGCUGGGCAUCUGAGACUCCACUCUAGAGAGAAAUCACAUCAGUGCCAUGAGUGUGGAGAAAUCUUUUUUCAGUAUGUCAGCCUCAUUGAGCACCAGGUGCUCCACGUGGGUCAGAAAAAUGACAAAAAUGGAAUUUGUGAGGAAGCAUAUAGUUGGAACUUAACAGUGAUUGAAGAUAAGAAGAUUGAGCUACAAGAGCAGCCUUAUAAGUGUGAUAUAUGUGGCAAAGCCUUUAGUUUCAGUUCUGACCUUACUCAGCAUUAUAGAACUCAUACAGCAGAGAAGACGCAUAAGUGUGAUACCUGUAGAGAAAAUGUUGGCCAGUGUUCCCACAUUAAACAGCAUCAGAAAGCCUAUUCCAACGUGAAGUCCCAUCAGUGUAAUGAAUGUGGCAGAGGCUUCACUCUGAAGUCACAUCUUAGUCAACAUCAGAGAAUCCACACUGGUGAGAAACCCUAUCAGUGUAAAGAAUGUGGCAUGAGUUUCACUUGGAGUUGUAGCCUCUUUAAACAUCUGAGGAGUCAUGAGAGGACAGAUCCCAUAAACACCUUGAGUGUAUAGAUGUUUCCAUUGAGGAACAGCUCCUACUCAGUUUUAGAGAAGCCUCCCUGGAGAGAAACCCUACUCCUACAAUGAAUAUGAUAACAAUGGUAAGCAUUUUCUCCAACUUAACCAUCAACUCUACAGAUGCACCAAACUCUUAUCAGUUAGAACUUAGGAACACUGGAGAAUCCACAAUAAAUACUCAUUUGCUUUUUCCCACUGUUGUUGGCACCUUCACAAUUGGGAAGCCAGAUGAGAGUGAACCUAGGAUAUGGGGGAUGAAGGAAAAGUCUUCAGGUGGUACUCUUCAUUUGAAUCUCAACAUUGAUGCUGGGAAAGCCUUGUGAAUACAGUAGAAAUAAACUUUAUUUGUAGUUUCUGUCUUGUUUGACAGCUUAUCUAUUCAGGGAAGAACACAGUGAAAGAAAAAACUUCAGCAUGAUACCUGUUUUGGUACCUCAGCAAUGAACCUUUUCUAGAAAUGAUUAUCCCAGCCACUAGAAUGCUCCAGUCAUUGUGCUAUCUUGAGUAUUAAACACUUUGAAAAGAAAUUGACUUAAGGAAUGUAUAUUUGGGCAAAAUUGGGGUUCAGAGGCUGGAUGGUAUGUGUUCCUGCAGCCUUAUUCAGUCUACAGCUUCUCUGUGAAAUGGAUUCUGCCUAUUGUUUUGCUUCUACUAGCAUCAUGGGUAGCUGAGAGAAACAGGAGUUAAAUCUGUAAGUUCAGGAGAAACUGUUGGUCAGUCACAUCUGAAGGAGAAAGAAAGGGACCUUCGGGGAAUAGAAAAGAGAAGUCAGACCAAACUGGGCUGGUGCCUGUUCUCUUAGCACAAAAAUGAGGGCAGCCAUGCCCAUGGAAGGAACUGGGUCAGGUUGAAUUAAGAAUCUGGAUUCAAGCAGUAUUUGUCCCAGCUCCCGGUUGCCGUGGAGACAGACCUCCUCCACCGGAUAGUUGCAUGUAGAAUAGUAUCAGUUUGAGUUGCAGUUGGAUUUGAAAGUGAACUGUAAACAGGAGCAGAAAGGUAUAUGGUCUGGGUAGCCCUGCCUUGUGGGAAGGUCUGGGUAGGAGUUUGUGGAGGAAAGAUGACAAGACUGAGUAGAGGGUUAAAUUGAGCUGUUUGCUGGAGAGGGAGAGUGUGCUUCCGGCACUGCUAAAGUCCUGCUUCUGCUGACUGCCCAACUUACAAAUAAAUGCCCAUUAAGUACUUGUUGACUGUAUGUAUGUCUUUUAUAGUGGUGCCCUGCCUAGAUCCCCUUUACCAAGCUGGCACAUUCAUCCCUCAGCUGCUCUGAGUUCUGGCUGAGAAGUACAGCUCUGCCCCCUCCCUAGAAACUCUGGGGAAUUGUCCUCUGGUGAUGUGAGCUGCCUCAGCCAGGAGUUAUCUGCCCAGUCCACCCCUGCAGCCAUUGACUAAUACGGGGGUACAAAAGGCUGAUGCCUCAAUGGGGGAGAGAAACUGGUGCAAAUUCUGCUCCAGAAUCAUCCCUUUGUGGAUCAGGCCAAGGCUAGACUUUUCUGAGACUACAUCCAUGCUCAGCCCUUGCCUUUCUCUAUCCUGUUUCAUUCCUUCCUGUCAUUUUUCCUGAAGAGCACACCCUCAACAAGUCACAUGGUCCUGAAUCCUUGUCUCAGGCUCUGCUUUAGGGAGCCUGAUCGAAGACAUUUGGUUUCAUGAGUGGCCCUGGGAUGCUGACUGUAAGAAUAGAUUGUGGAGUUGGUUGCUCACCAUGCAGCAGUAAGGACCCUGUCCUGAUGGGCAGAGUGUUGGUAGUCCCAGUUAUGUAUGUGGUGGCUGUCCAGUUGUGAGACACUCACUGUGGUAAACUGGGAUGGGAUACAGGUGCAGAGGGAUGUACUGAUUUGUGUGAGUUUGAAGGGGGGGGUAUGAAAUAAAUACCAAGAUUAUGGAAUUGGGUGGUUCUUAUUGAAAGCAAAUGAUUGUUUGAAGAGAGAAAUGACACACUCAGGACAGAUAACAACUUAUUUCAAAGUGUGAGUGUCUGAGGGCCUCUUUGGUAGCAUUUAAGCAGACUUGUUUCCUGCAAACAAUCACAGAGUUAAAGGUUAAGUGUAGGCCUUAACUGAGAGUGACAACUUCAGUAAAGCCUGGUGUUAAUGUUUAUUGAGCACUGACUAUGUUCUAAACAUUACGGUAAGUGCUUUAUGUAGGUCAUCAUACUUAAUCUUCACAACAUUAUGAGGUGGUUUCAUUUAGCACCAUCAUUUUAUAGUUGGGAAAAACUGUGGUUCAGAACAAUUAAUUCACUUGCCCAAAGUCACAGAGCCAAUAUAUGGCAGAACUAGCAUUUGAACCCAGACCACUCUGCUUUCCCAAAGCUAAGUUCUUAAGCAAUAAACUAUACCAUGUCUUAUGCACAUGAUACCCAAUGUACCGUCAUUAAACUUAAUUGAUUUUUUUGACUUUA